CUCCGAAUAAACUAUUUCUCUUUUUUCCUUUAUUCAGUUAUGAAAUAAAAAGGAAAGCUAAGUUUGAGAGAAUCCAAAGUUUGUUCAAUCUCUUUCAUCUAACUUAGCUGGAAUCUAGGGUUUAUAGAUUUGUUUUUCACAGGAGAUUCAUCGUUGCAGAGUUCUUCGAGCUUGUUUUUUUCUGUGUUUGUGUUCAUCAUAAGGAGCUAAAGAAUGGAUUCUGGAGUUAAAUUGGAGCAUAUGAAUUGUUUCCAAUUAUCUUAUCAAUAUUCGUGGACGACUAGGAAGAAGAGAACUCUGAAACCAUUCAUGUCAAAAGGUUCUAGCCCUAGUAGUAGUAGUGAUAGUAGGAAACGGAAGCUUUCGAGAGCUGAAGAUAGCGAUGAUUCAGCGGUUAAACGGAAUGCGAAACGAAGGAGAAAGAUAUGCAAAGUAGAAGAAUAUUAUGAAGAUGAUGAUUGCAUAUUAAGUGAUUGGGUUCAGAGGAAUACUGCGAAAAGGAUUGAUAAGCGCAACGAAGAAGUUGAAGUUAUGGUUAAGAUAGAGUCAGGUGAUGAUUGCACAAUAGGUAAGUGGUUUUCUGAUGUUAGUAGUAAAAGGAAAGAUAAACGACAAGUAGAAGUUGAUGAAGAUGAGGAAUGGGAAGAAGAAGUUACACUGUGUUCUAAGAUCAAGGCAACGUCGUCGCGAAGCAGAACCCAUAGUUUAAGUGCUAACAGUCCAGAAAAUGUUACAGAUGUUAUUAGUCCUUGUCGUUCACGGUCUCCAGCUUCUAAUGUAUCAGAUUCCAUUCAGAAAAAUGACUGCACCAGUAGUAGAAAACAGAGUGGCCCAAUUUGUCAUCAGUGCUUGAAAGGGGAAAGGAUAACACUUCUCAUUUGUAGUGAAUGUGAGAAGACAAUGUUUUGUCUUCAAUGUAUAAGGAAAUGGUAUCCAAAUCUAUCUGAGGAUGAUGUUGUUGAGAAAUGUCCUUUAUGCCGUCAAAAUUGUAAUUGUAGCAAAUGCUUGCAUUUGAAUGGUUUAAUUGAGACAUCGAAGAGGGAACUCGCGAAAUCUGAAAGACGUCAUCAUCUCCAGUAUUUGAUUACGUUGAUGCUUCCUUUUCUGAAUAAGUUAUCCAUAUUCCAGAAGCUAGAGAUUGAAUUUGAGGCAACUGUUCAAGGAAAACUGCCUUCUGAAGUUGAAAUAACUGCGGCUAUAAGCUACACUGAUGAACGUGUAUACUGUGAUCAUUGUGCAACUUCAAUUGUUGACUUGCAUCGAAGCUGUCCAAAGUGCUCUUAUGAACUUUGUUUGAAGUGCUGUCAAGAGAUUCGUGAAGGAUCGCUUUCUGAACGCCCUGAAAUGAAGUUCCAUUAUGUUGAUAGAGGACAUCGAUAUAUGCAUGGUUUAGAUGCUGCGGAACCGAGCUUGUCUUCCACUUUUGAAGACGAAGAAGCUAACCCAUCUGACGCUAAGUGGAGCCUUGGUGAAAAUGGAAGCAUCACUUGUGCACCAGAAAAGCUAGGUGGUUGUGGUGAACGGAUGCUAGAGCUUAGGCGGAUCCUACCACUCACGUGGAUGUCAGAUUUAGAGCACAAAGCAGAGACUUUCUUAUCAUCAUACAAUAUAAGCCCUAGAAUGUUGAACUGUAGGUGUUCUUCUUUGGAGACAGAGCUGACAAGGAAAUCAGCUUCGAGGACAACAUCAAGUGACAACUACCUUUUCUGUCCUGAAUCUCUCGGUGUCUUGAAGGAAGAAGAGCUUCUUCAUUUUCAAGAGCAUUGGGCAAAAGGCGAACCAGUAAUCGUUAGGAACGCUCUUGACAACACACCUGGUUUAAGCUGGGAGCCGAUGGUUAUGUGGCGGGCUUUAUGCGAAAAUGUGAAUUCAACAUCAAGCUCUGAGAUGUCCCAAGUCAAAGCAAUUGAUUGCUUAGCUAAUUGUGAGGUGGAGAUCAAUACUCGUCAGUUCUUUGAAGGUUAUAGCAAAGGAAGAACAUAUGAAAAUUUCUGGCCUGAGAUGUUGAAGCUUAAGGACUGGCCUCCUUCUGAUAAGUUUGAAGAUCUUCUACCUCGUCACUGUGAUGAGUUCAUAUCCGCGUUACCUUUCCAGGAAUAUAGUGAUCCUAGAACUGGAAUUCUUAACAUUGCAACAAAGCUUCCUGAAGGAUUUAUCAAACCAGAUUUAGGUCCAAAAACUUACAUCGCCUAUGGGAUUCCAGAUGAGCUUGGUAGAGGCGAUUCCGUGACUAAGCUUCACUGCGAUAUGUCAGACGCGGUGAAUAUUCUAACGCAUACGGCCGAAGUGACCCUAAGUCAAGAACAAAUAUCCUCAGUCAAAGCACUGAAACAGAAACACAAGUUACAGAAUAAGGUCGAUAAACAGAGUACUGAAGACUGUAACGAAAAGGAAGAAGAAGAAGAAGAAGAAUUGAACAUGCCAGAGAUUUCGAGCAAUGAAAAUGAAGAAACGGGCAGUGCUCUUUGGGACAUAUUUAGGAGAGAAGACGUUCCCAAGUUAGAAGAGUAUCUAAGAAAGCAUUGCAAAGAAUUUAGACACACUUAUUGUAGUCCAGUUACAAAGGUUUAUCAUCCGAUACAUGACCAAUCAUGCUAUUUAACCUUAGAGCACAAAAGAAAACUCAAGGCGGAAUAUGGGAUCGAGCCAUGGACAUUUGUGCAAAAGCUAGGUGAAGCGGUGUUUAUUCCCGCGGGUUGUCCUCAUCAAGUUCGGAAUCUAAAGUCGUGCACAAAAGUCGCAGUUGACUUUGUGUCACCAGAGAACAUCCAUGAGUGUCUGCGUUUGACCGAAGAGUUUCGCCAACUUCCCAAAAACCACAAGGCCAGAGAGGACAAACUCGAGGCAAGUCUUUUAUCUCUUUGACAUUUCUUUCUUUCUUUUUUUUUUGUUCGUUGUCUGAGCAUACUGUGCAUUGCUUGCUGCGGGUGUUUUUUUUUUUUUGGGAUAUCUGAAUUCAAUUAGAAGAGAUGGGCGAUUGAACUAAAUCAAAACUAAGACCAAACCGAUUUACUCAAUUAUUUUUGUUGUUUUUAAAAUCGUGUUGAGAAAACUCCAUAUCAAUGACGAGAUAGAAAUCAAACUAAAAAUGACAAAAAUAUAUGUUUUUCCUCCCCAAUUCUAAUUUACAUUUAGACUUUAAAUAGUUAGCAGCACAUGAUUUGAUUACAUAUUUUUAUUAUUUGGAUUUUCUUUUCUAUUGAACCAAAAUAUUUCGAUCCAAAUAUUGGAUAAAAUUUUGGUUUCAAUUAGGUUAAUAUUUUGUUUUCAUUUAUAAAAUUAUAAAUCAUAAAUCAAAAACUUAAAUGCCCAUCUCUACCUAAUUACAAUAACAAGGGGAAAUAUCUAAUGGCCGGUUAUCCGACCUAUUGAUAAGCUAUUUUUAUUUAAGCUUUCAAUGCUUGUUAUUUGUUUGCACAAAUGCGUUUGUCUCCGUUCGAUGGGUAUAUUUCACAAAACUAGUUUAUCUAACAAGUUACAAUGGUUUCUUUUUAAAUGUGAUUUUUUUUAUUUUACAAUGUUUUCCCAUGUAAACUUAAACACAUAGAUUGAAAACUAGUGAGGUCUUAUGCAAAAUAUUACUCGCCGUGCGCUUUAUUGUAAUCGGCCUCAAAAAUAAAACAUCUUUAAGUACUCAGGUGGUGCUAGUGUACUCACUUUGUCACCACCCAUAUUCGAACUCGCAUGUUGCGUGUUGUUGACAAAAAAAAGAAUCUAGGUUGCAUUGUGGUACUUUAGGGUAAAUAUGACUUGUGUAGAAGUGUUGAAUCAUCGAUUUACCCAAUCCGGUCAAGAUUGAAGACCCAUGUCUCUACAACAAAGAAGGAUGGGUUGCAAGUAUACUUUUUCUAUCAACGAAACAUCAGGGCUCAGGAUGCAGAGGGGACCUCUCUCUGCACUCGAGACCCUUGUCUUUCCACUAAAUGCAGAUCCCGGUGUAGGUUGCAUCUCGUUCAAUUUUCCGGGAUAGUUUGUGGUUAGAGGCCAUAUCGUUCAAUUUUCCGGGAUACUUGGUGGUUAGUGGCAAUCAUCUUCCGCGCAUAUGGUUCUCAAUGCAUCCUAUGAAUAUCUAGCUCUUAGUUUCCAACCAAUUCCUCAAAUCGUGGCAUCCCCGACGUGGUGUGAUCGUGUUGUGAUCUCGUUGAAUCCGGGGGAUCAUACGAUCAAUCUUGUCGGUUAAAGGAUAUAACACUACAAUGUGAUGUGUAAGCGACGCAGAUUUCUUCUCACGUUCUCAAGUUCAAUAAAUUGAACGUAACGAUGCGUGCUAAUGGAGAACCUUAAAAUCGCGGAAACAAAACUCGUUAGUGUCUUGAUAUAUGUUCACCUACUUUUAUCUACUUUCCUGUAAUGUAUUUAUAUGUGUGCUACUUUGUUUGUGUUGUUCUUGCAUUAUAAUUUGCUUUGGGAUUUUAAUAAAUUAGGGAAACUUCUAGAAAAUGACAAAGUAUAGCUUUCGAUUCAUGUCGAAGAAAUUUUGGUCAAUGAAUGUUGAUGGCAAAUAUCUCCGGGUUCUAUCUAGUACAUGUCUCCAUAACAAUUUGGUUUCAACUCGCAAAAGAAUUCAACUCGUUUGAAAAGUUUAGGCCAACGAUCCGAUAUCUUGGAUGUUACCGGAAGUUGUGAAUUCAUGUUGUCACGAUAAAGUGGUUUCAAUUGGUGGACAAUGGCGGGUCGACUAACAUCGGAAAUAGUUGGUCUAAUGAUCAUCUUCGAUGAUAAGACGAAUAUCGGGGAUUCCACCUACAAGAAAUUAGGGAUUUUAAUUUCAAACGACGAAAAGAAAUUAGGGAUUUUAAUAAAUUUGGAAAUUUCUAUAAGUGACAAAAUAUAGCUUUCGAUUAAUGUCGAAGAAAAUUUGGUCGAUGAUCGUAGAUCUUGGAUGAUGGAAAAUAUCUCGGGUUCUAGUAAAUUUCUUCGUAACAAUGUGGUUUCAAUUAGCAAAAAGAAUUCAACUCAUUCGAAAAAUUGAGGUCUAGUGAUCCUAUAUAUUGGAUGGUUUCGAAAGUUGUGAAUUCAUGUUGUCACAAAAAUGUGGUUUCAAUUAGUGGAAAAUGGCGGGUUGACUAAGAUCCGAAAUAGUUGGUCGAAUGAUCAUCUUCGAUGAUAAGACGACUAUCGGGGAUUUCACAUACAAUAAUUUCAACUGACGAAAAGAAAUUUGGGGUUAUAAUAAAUUAGGGAAAUUUCUUGAAAAUUGACAAAGUAUAGCUUUCGAUUACUGUCGAACAAAAUUUGGUCGGUGAUCGUAGACCUUAGAUGAUGGCAAAUAUAUCGGGUUCAACUAGCAAAAAGAAUUCAACCCGUCCGAAAAAUUUAGGUCCAGUGUUCUUAUAUCUUGGAUGGUACCAGAAGUCGUGAAUUCAUGUGGUUUCAAUUGGUGGAAAAUGGCGGGUUGAUGUUCACCAGUAAGAAUAUCAUGCGGUCCAAAGUUAACUGGACCGCAUGGUCCACCGUCUGAACACUGGUAAGGAAAUCCAAAAAGUAAAAAAGUGACUGAA